CCAACGGCAGAUAAGCUGUCAGGAAGAGUUGAGAAGAAAUGGAAGCUGUUCUCAACUCCACAACCACAUACCUACCCACACCUCGUCACCUCUCCUCAACCCACUCAUAUCCACUCCCUUUUUCUCUCUCUUUCCGGGAAAGUAGGAGAAAAUUCUCUCCCAAACAGGCCUCCGUCUUGAGAGUCUUCGCUAGCUCCCAAGCUGCCCCUGCCUCAUCUGCUGCUGUGACAAUACCAUCUCAAAUGAAGGCUUGGGUUUAUGGAGACUAUGGAGGAGUUGAUGUUUUGAAAUUUGAUACAGCUGUUUCGGUGCCUCCAGUGAAGGAGGACCAGGUUCUGAUCAAGGUUGUUGCUGCAGCGCUUAACCCUGUUGAUGCCAAGAGGAGGCAGGGGAAAUUCAAGGCCACUGAUUCUCCUCUUCCGACUGUUCCUGGAUAUGAUGUGGCUGGGGUGGUGGUAAAGGUUGGAAGCCAAGUAAAGGAACUGAAGGAAGGGGAUGAAGUAUAUGGAGACAUAAACGAGAAAGCAUUGGAUGGGCCUAAGCAGUUUGGCUCGUUUGCAGAAUACACUGCUGUUGAAGAGAAACUGUUGGCUCUGAAACCAAAGAAUCUGGAUUUUGUUCAAGCUGCUGGACUUCCUCUUGCAAUUGAGACAGCCUAUGAGGGUCUCGAAAGGACUGGAUUUUCUGCUGGUAAAUCUAUUCUUGUUUUGGGUGGGGCUGGUGGAGUUGGAAGCCUUGUCAUCCAGCUUGCGAAACAAGUGUUCGGUGCCUCAAGAGUUGCCGCUACAUCAAGCACAGCGAAACUGGAGCUCUUGAAGAGCUUGGGAGCUGAUUUGACGAUUGACUACACUAAGGAGAACUUUGAAGAUUUGGCAGAGAAAUUCGAUGUAGUUUAUGAUGCAGUUGGGCAGUGUGAUAAGGCAGUGAAGGUAGUGAAAGAAGGAGGCAGCGUGGUGGCAUUAACAGGUGCCGUGACGCCUCCUGGUUUCAGAUUUGUAGUAACUUCAAACGGAGAGGUGUUGAAGAAACUGAACCCAUAUUUGGAGAGCGGGAAGGUGAAGCCAGUGGUUGAUCCCAAGGGACCAUUUCCAUUUUCUCAGGUUGUUGAAGCUUUCUCCUACGUUGAAACAAGCCGAGCCACUGGAAAGAUAGUUAUACAUCCGAUUCCAUGAGAGAAGAGAGUAAAACUCGGUCACUAUGGAGAUGUAUGAUUGGAAUGAAACCUGAGAAAUUUUCAGUUUGAUGUAUAAAUAUUCAAUAUAUGAGGCUUUGUUCCUGGUCUUGGUGGGUA